AUGAGGAGAGAAAUUGAUGAUAGACUAGUAGGAAAAAAUGCUGAAAAACGCGCUGUUUUAUUUUCUUUUGAAUCAAAACAAAAAUUAAAGGAAUUUUAUAAUUCUGAUGCUGGGACACGAAUUAAAGAGUCGAUUGUCUAUCUAACAGAAGAAGCGUCAUUAGAAGAAAAAACUUCAUCUGAUCAAAUAACUUUAUUUACGAGAACUUUUAGUCGAGGAACUGAUUUUGUGCGUCAUGACCAAACUGUUACAACAAAUAGUGGUUCACAUGUUAUUUAA